AUGUCAAGAUUUUUGAGGCAAGAUAUCCAACGCAGGCUCCUCAGGCUCCUCACUCUGAAACCAUUCCGUCUACUCCCACCGCAUGGACCACAAGCAGCCAACGACGAACCUCAGUGCAAGCCCUCACUUAACCACUACAACAAUCGACCCGUUCUCAUCCUCGCCUUGAUCAUCUUUAUCAUGGGUCCUCGCCAUUUUGUCCGAUGCCUCCCCGACCUGCUCCUAUACCCUCCCAUCCGCCUGACAGCACCGCUGGCGCCCUCCGCCUUCAACCUUCAAUGCUCGACGCUCGAUCCUCAGUCCCGCCUGCUACGACGGAGAUCAUUAGAACGUACAAGCAUGCUUACAUGUCAACGGCCACCACAAUCUCCAACAAACAUAGAAGGAAUGCUCUCGCCGCCCUCCGCGAUAGGAGGAGUCAGAGUUACACUGGAGAUCCUGGAAGGUUUCGAUAUCGAUGAGCCCCCUCGGAUUCCGUGCCAAAACCGGUUUCUAAAGUGUGAGGCCAUCAUCUGCCUGGCAGACGACACAAGAAGCCGGAAGAAAAUCGUCGACGGAACGUUUGCCAAAGUUGUAGGGGCCUGA